AUGACUACGGACAAGUCGUCCAAACCACGUCUCUCUGACGUCCUCAAGGCCGCAAAGGCAAAACACCGCUCGUCAAAGACAGCAAAGGGCAAGAAGGCCGCAAAGGCCUCUGCUUCGUCCUCUUCCACCGUCGAUGUCACUCCCGCCCCUCGACAGAGGCUCAAGGCCAACGAGCUGAAAUGGAAGACCGUCAACACCUCUACGCUUCCCGGUAUGGACGGCGGUGGCGGCAUGAUGAUGCUCGAGGAGCUCGACGACGUGGCUAUCGAGUGGGAGGAUGAUGGAGAAGGCAGGCGUACCGCCCGUUUCUUGGCAAAGGACACCAAGGGAAAGCGCAAGGCAGAGGAGAUUGAGGAGUCGGACGAGGAGAUGGCCGAGGAUGACGAGGCUGCAGAGGCUGAGGAUGACGAGGACCUCCCGACUUUUGCCGGCCUGGACGCGUCCGACAUGGAUGACGAGGAUGACGAGGACGUUGUCGAGCCUGAGCCAACAUUCGACGAUGGUCUCCUCCCCGAGUGGACUGGCGUCUCAGUCCACUCCCUCAUCAAGCGUGCAAUGGUUGCGCUCGACUUUGUGCGCCCCACCGAGAUCCAGCAGCGCGCCGUCCCCAUUGGUCUGGACGGUCGUGACGUUGUCGGUGUUGCCGAGACUGGUUCCGGUAAGACUCUUGCAUACUCGCUCCCCAUCCUCAGCCAUGUUCUCCGCCAGCCUGUCCCCCGCGCCGGCGUCCGCCGUCCUCUGUCGGCGCUCGUUCUCUGCCCCACGCGUGAACUGGCUAUUCAGGUCAACGACGCCCUCUCAAAGGUCGUUGCCGCGGCUCUGGCCAAGGAUGAGGAUGACGAGGACGAGGAAGGUGACAAGAAGAAGCCUCCUCGUAUCUCGGUCGGUACUGUCGUCGGUGGUCUCUCGGCCCACAAGCAGAAGCGUAUUCUCGACCGCGGCUGUGACAUUCUUGUCGCCACCCCUGGUCGUCUCUGGGACUUGCUCAAGACGGACGACAUUCUCGCCGCGUCGAUCCGCACCGUGCGCUUCCUUGUUAUCGAUGAGGCGGACCGUAUGAUCGAGACUGGUCAUUUCGCCGAGCUUGAGACUAUUGUCGGCCUCACCCAGCGCAACUACGUCCAGCCCACCGACGACGACGAGGACCCCGUCUUUGCUGCUUCCGCCACCACCUUGACCGAGACUUCGGCUCGCGAGGACAUGCAGACGUUUGUGUUUUCGGCCACCUUGUCAAAGGACCUCCAGCAAAACCUCAAGAAGCGCAAGCGCAAGCCGUCAAAGGGCAAGAGAAAGGCGUCGGCUCUCGAGGACCUCGUGGAGAAGCUCGACUUCCGUGACGCUGCCCCCGAGGUGAUCGACUUGUCACCAGAGGGCGGUCUCGUUGCCACUUUGCGCGAGAGCAUGAUCGAGUGUGUGCAGGCCGACAAGGACCUGUACCUGUACUACUUCCUCCUCCGCUACCCCGGCCGCUCGCUCGUGUUCACGGGAAGCAUUGACGGUAUCCGUCGCCUCAUUCCCCUGUUUGAGGAGCUCAAGAUGCCUGUCUACCCCUUGCAUUCGCAGCUGCAGCAGAAGCAGCGUCUCAAGAACCUCGACAGGUUCAAGUCUAACCCCAAUGCCGUCCUUAUUGCCACAGACGUUGCCGCCCGUGGUCUCGACAUCCCCCACGUCGACCACGUCAUUCACUUCAACCUCCCGCGCACCGCCGACGCCUACGUCCACCGCUCGGGUCGUACUGCGCGUGCCCAGAACCCUGGUUUCGCCCUCCAGAUCGUCUCGCCCGAGGACCGCGCCGUGCAGCGUGCCCUCUUGAAAAGCCUCGACCGCGACGCCGCUCCCGGUGACCUCGAGAUUGAAGGCGGCUUCCUCCCCAAGCUCAAGGAGCGUAUCGCUCUCGCCCGCCAGAUUGAAAAGACCCAGCACGAGGUGAAGAAGGAGUCACACGACCGUAGCUGGCUCGAGGAGGCCGCCGAGGCCAUGGACCUGGACAUUGACCCUUCCAUGUUCUCGGACGAGGAGCACGACCCCGACGCGCCAUUCACCCGCAAGGGAAGCAAGAAGCAGACCAAGAAGAGUGCCAACGUCCCCAAGCUCAAGCACCAGCUUGCCCAGCUUUUGGCCGAGCCCCUCCUUGCUCGUGGUAUCAGUGCCCGCUACCCCACAUCGGGCUCGCGCGUCAUUGUCGACGAGGUUGUCCGCUCGGCUGCCCACCCGACGAUGCUCGGAGCUGGAACUGCCAAGGCCUUUGAGGUCGCAGACAAUGCCAAGCCCAAGGCCUUGCACAAGCCCAAGUCUAGGGUCCAGGCGCCCAGGGAGACGGCACAGGAGAAGAAGGACAGGAAGAGGAAGGAGAAGGGCAAGGACAAGCGAAGGAAGUUUGCCGAGGACGAGGACGAGGACGACGAGUAG